GAGUUUAAUCGGUGUUGGCGAUCUACAUCAAAAAGUCUGACAGUUUUUCAACAGUAUAUUUGAUUCCUACAUUAAAUGAUCAAAAGAUUAACAUCAAAUUAUAUUUUUGCUCCAGUUUCUACAAGUUGUGAUUUUUCAACUGUAGGAAAGAAUGUUGCUGAUAUACUUGCUGUUCUUGAUGUCCAUUCGGCAAUCAGCUGCCGACAAUGAUCAGCAUUCUUCUUCACGCAACAUCGGUCACGUGAAUGCAAAAGAACCAUUCGAACAAAAUUCUCACGAGUUGUCGAGAAAUUUGGGAGAAAGGAACCAAUUUUCUAGAGAAAGCCUCGGGGUUUUACAAGAAAGCCUCGGGGUUUUACGAGAAAGCAAUCGGAAUCCACAGGAAGACAAAGAGAUUUCACAAAAAAUUGAGCCAAGUUUUAUUGAUGGACGAAAUGUGGCUCAAAAUGAAACCGCGAGAGAGACUCAUGCCAAAUCAAAAUUUUGGAUCCGAGGUAACAGCGACUUGGCGUUGCGGCUACCGAGCUCAAAAUCCGCGCAGGAAAAAGCCAAAGAAUUUCUGUCAGCUGUGCACGAAGAUCUCAACGAGGCAGCGACGACGAGCCAUCCUGACCAUCAGGGCUGGGAAUCCGUCCAUCUUGUGCUGCACAGCCCCAGGGAGAACUCCAUCACCAUAUCCAUGCGAGGGUGCACGCUGGAGCUGGACAUGCAUGACUCACGCGGCAUCGUGGCCCCGGGGGCGCUGCUGUACCGGUCGCCUGACGCAGCACCGACGCCGCUGUACGUACGCGAGGCGUGCCACUACAGCCUGUACCUGCGGCGCGUCAGGAUAGGCUCCAUCUCCACCUGCCACCCGCUCGGGCCGCAUGCUGUGCUAAUCGUGGACGGUGAAUUGAUCGACGUCGUGCCCCGCCAAACGAUCGAUCAACCGACUCCUGCGUCAGUAAAUUUCUCCGGCUUUAACCGUUCUACUGAGCCCAGCGUAAGUCAUCCGACCAGCGAAAACAUUCAGCAGACAAAGAGCAGCACGGAAAACAUAUUGCAGGUUCAAGCAAAGAAUGAAUCAACCGAUGACGGAGUGAAUACCAAAGACCCUGGGACAAGUCGGGAUUCCGAAAAGAUAAUUAUAGGAAGUUCAAUUAGCAAUGAUGAUUACGAAAAAUCUGCACGACUGAACGUGGCUUGGACCAGCCAUCUUGCUAAAAGCAUCGGGCCUUCUAAAACGACUUUAGAAUUCACCGAAAUCGCAAGUAAAAGUGACGAAACGGACAGGCCUGAUUCUCAGCCCCAUGAUAAUGGAGAGAGCAAACGGUCGAAAACAAGAGUGUUACGAAGAAAAAGAUCUUCAUCUCCACAGUCAAGAACUAAUCGUAUACUAAACACAAUUGACGCCGAGGAUGUAAACGUCAACACAACGUCAACUGGUGAUAAGUCGCGAAAAAACAAGCGAUUCUUUUCGCCAUAUCAUUCGCGGAAGCUAACACUUGAGUUAGCCCUCUUCCUGGACUCUGUGUUGCUCGAGAACCUUUUCUCUUUCUACACUGAAGACCAACUUGUCGACCUCAUACUCAGUCUUAUGAACAACGCGCAGGCGUUCUUCCACCAGCAGAGCCUGGGUCGGCCGCUGGACGUGUCCAUCACGCAGCUCUACCUCCUCAGGACCCAGCCCAUCGACCUGCCGACCCACGGCGGGGACAGACUUAAACUCCUCGAGUCUUUCUGCGCGUAUCAAAAAGCUCGAGCGCACACCAGUGAUAACAGUCCGAUGAACUGGGACCUCGCAGUCUACCUAUCAGGCAUGGACCUGAUCACCCACAUCGAGAAGGGCGGCAUCAGUGACGUGACCAUGGGGCUGACCUACACCGGUGGCAUCUGUGACGUGACGCGGUCCUGCAUCAUCUCUGAGUUCUCAACCACCAACGCUUACGGCAGACCCUUCCCUUCAGCCGGGGCACUCACCUCCCUCAUCCUUACGCAUGAAAUUGGACACAGCCUGGGCAUGCGCCACGACGGGUCCAACAACAGCUGCACGAGUCAGAACUUCAUCAUGGCAGCGGGCAGGGGGCCCAGGGGCGGCACUACGUGGAGUCCAUGCAGUCGCGAGUCUUUUGCCGCUCAAAACGGCCGCUGUCUGUGGGACUCGCCCAAAGCUUCAGUUUGGGACGACGCGGCUCGAGGCAUCUUGCCCGGCCAGCGCUUCAACGCCGUGUCGCAGUGUCAGCUCUUCUUCCGCGACCGCGAUGCUACCCUCACUUGGCCCUCAAAUCUUAUGAAACUGUGCAACAGCGUACAGUGCAGCAGCCCUCACCGUCUCACCUCCUACCUCGCUGGUCCUGCUCUGGAAGGCACUUACUGCGGGGGUGCAAACUGGUGUCGGGACGGAAAGUGCGUGCCGUGGUCAGGUCGGGACAACGUGUCGGUGGUGGUCGGGGGGCUGGGGCCCUGGGAAGAGGGCCCCUGCACGUCUGCAUGUCUGGCGGGGGGUACGGGAUGGCGGGAGAGUCGUCAGCCCUGCAACUCCCCCCCUCCCCUCAACAGCGACCGUGGGUGUAUCACCACCUCUUACAAGACCGACUUCUGUGACGACUCACAAGUGUGCGGUACGAGGCGACGCAACAUGAGCACCGCGCUGGCGGAGCUCUGUGAGCGCGUAGCCGAGCGCUACCCUGACGCCAUGAGCGAAGGCGAGCAGCAGAAGCACGACCCCACUGAGCCUUGGUUGGCGUGCGUGUUGUACUGUCGGCUGCGUUCGAACACGUCGCAGUUGUGGACGCCGCGCUAUCUCUUCCAGGACGACCCGACCGUCCCUACACAUCUGCCCCCGGGCGCCCCCUGCCACACUGACCCUGACGGCACCACAUAUCGCUGUUACCACAGGACCUGUGUACCACAUACGGAGAAGUUCACGGUGGCAGUGAGCCGCGACUCUGUGGGUCUGUUCGAGUACCGCGACCCUGCGUCCCUGGACGACCUGGUCAUCAAGGCUGGGCCGCCCGUCAACGGCCUCCUGGAGGACGAAGACUACCCAGAGUUCGAUCUCGACGACCUCUACUGAUCAGUUGUGUUGUGACUCUACUGAGUCAAAUGACUAGUAGUUAUUACUACAGCGUCGUAUGACUGGUAGUUAUGACUCUACUGCGUCGUAUGCCUAGUAGUUAUGACUCUACUGCGUCGUAUGCCUAGUAGUUAUGACUCUACUGAGUCGUAUGACUAGUGGUUAUGACUACUGCGUCGUAUGCCUAGUAGUUAUGACUGUACUGACUCGUAUGACUAGUAGUUAUGACUCUACUGAGUCAUAUGACUAGUAGUUAUUACUCUACUGAGUCAUAUGACUAGUAGUUAUGACUCUCCUGAGUCAUAUGACUAGUAGUUACGACUCUAAUGCGUCGUAUGACUAGAAGUUAUGACCUACUUAGUCGCAUGACUAGUAGUUAUGACCUACUUAGUCGUAUGACUAGUAGUUAUGACUACUGCGUCGUAUGACUAGUAGUUAUGACUCUACUGACUCGUAUGACUAGUAGUUAUGAUUCUACUGAGUUGUAUGACUAGUAGUUAUGACUACUGAGUCAUAUGACUUGUAGUUACGACUCUACUGAGUCGUAUGACUAGUAGUUAUGACUCUUCUGAGUCAUAUGACUAGUAGUUAUGACUCUUCUGAGGCGUAUGACUAGUGGUUAUGAUUCUACUGAGUUGUAUGACUAGUAGUUAUGACUACUGAGUCAUAUGACUUGUAGUUACGGCUCUACUGAGUCGUAUGACUAGUAGUUAUGACUCUACUGAGUCGUAUGACUAGUGGUUAUGACUCUACUGAGUCGUAUGACUAGUGGUUAUGACUACUGAGUCGUAUGACUAGUGGUUAUGACUCUACUGAGUCGUAUGACUAGUAGUUAUGACUCUACUGAGUCGUAUGAAUAGUGGUUAUGACUCUACUGAGUCGUAUGACUAGUAGUUAUGACUCUACUGAGGCGUAUGACUGGUAGUUGUGAAUUUACUGAAUUGUUAGGACUGAGACAUAACUACAUCCACUGAGUUAUGAUGAUUUCUACCUUGCCAGUGUGGGACACUGUACUACAACGAAAAUUUGAUGCUGAAACUGUUAAAAAAAUGUUAUAAAAUUUAGUUUGCUCUCUGUAAGCUCGCAAUUAUUUGCCGAAUUUUUGAAAAUUAAUAUUAUCAAAACUACUUAAGAAGAUAAUUUUCAUU